GGCACAACUGCCAUUCACGGCAGGUGGGCGGGCGCUGUCGGGGCGCUCCGGCCAGCAGCGGAGGGGCGCGGAGCCUCCGCAGGCCCGCCCCGCGACCUCGGGGGGCCAGUUCUCCGAGGAGCUGUGGUCCGCGCGGGGGGCGCCGGGAGGAGAACCGCCAACGCCAACGCCAACGCCAACGCCGACCCGGGCUGACCGAGGUCGCCGCCCACGCCGACCCCGGCCUUCGCCGGCGCAGGUCCAGCCUCAAAGACCUGAGGGCGGGGACCCUGGGAAGCGGCGAGCUUCAGAGCCUCUCCGGUCCUGCUUGUUUCCAGUCUCCUUUUCUCUGACUUGAUGGAGGCGGGCCCUCAGCCCUCCCCGGCUCCCUCAGGUGCAGGAAGCACCUGGGUGGAGGCCUCCUUCGGGAGAGCCAGAGAUGGCAUCCGUAGACUUCAAGACCUACGUGGAUCAAGCCUGCAGGGCUGCUGAGGAGUUCGUCAACGUCUACUACACCACCAUGGAUAAGCGGAGGCGCCUGCUGUCCCGCCUCUACAUGGGCACAGCCACCCUGGUGUGGAAUGGAAAUGCAGUUUCAGGACAAGAGUCCUUGAGUGAGUUUUUUGAAAUGUUGCCUUCCAGUGAGUUCCAAAUCAAUGUGGUUGACUGCCAGCCUGUACAUGAUGAAGCUACCCCAAGCCAGACCACAGUCCUCGUUGUGAUCUGUGGAACAGUGAAGUUUGAAGGCAACAAACAACGGGACUUCAACCAGAACUUCCUUCUGACCGCCCAGGCCUCACCUAGCAACACAGUGUGGAAGAUAGCAAGUGAUUGCUUCCGGUUCCAGGACUGGGCCAGCUAGUAGAGCUCUGGAGAGAAACACAUCUCAAAAUGUGGGGACACCAGUUCCUUUCUGUUGUUGUGGGCUACGCUGCCCAGGGUGAACUCUGCAUUUGCUCAAGUCCAAGGAGCCUCUUUACGAGUAUACUUAUUUGUCAUAGUUGCCUUUUCGUAGUACAGUUUUCUAUUUUUCUACUUGUCCAGUAGAGACCCUGGUUCUGGAAAUUCUGACAAAUAAAAUAAUACUACAAAUGUU